GCUUCUAGGAUGAGCGUGACUGGGUCAAUAAAAGUUAAAUCAAUUCGUAUGCCACACACACGAAACUGAAGGAGAUAAGAGCGGCAAAACCCACCGAGUCGUCGUGACUCGGUGAGACAAGAAAAAUGGUAGUUGCAGCAGCAGCAGCAUCCACUCCAUUUUCACUCUCUUCCGCCGUUUUCACGCGCCGCCGUAGCUUCAGAGUAAGCGCCACUCUUUCUCGGGAGCCCUCUCCUCUUCUCCGAGCUGCUCAGCACACCGUGGAUAGUUACGUGGAGAGUGGGAUGGUUGUUGGUUUAGGAUCUGGAGAAGCUUCAGACUUGGCUAUACGUUAUUUGGGUCACCAACUUCGUUCUGGUUCUAUUCAAGGUGUUGUUGGUGUACCAAUGUCUGCUCGAAGUGCGAGCGAAGCAGCAAAGUAUGGAGUCCCCUUGAAACAUUUCCGGGAUGAUUUUCAGAUUGAUUUUGCAUUCCAUGAUGCUGAUGCUGUAGAAGAGGGUACUCUUGUCUCAGUUAUAGGAAGACGUACAAGUACAACACAGGAAGAUGACUAUAUUCUGCUACAAAAGUCUAUUGUGAAAGCAGCUGAUGAGGCAGUCUUCCUGAUAAAGGAUGAGCAAUACAAGUCUGGACUUGAAGGAUCUAUCCCUGUCUUAGUUCAAUCUCUAAAUUGGUUAGCUGUAGCUGAGGAGAUAGAUGACUUGUACUUAGGAGAUGCAGAGGUGUGGAGAAGAGCUUCUGUGGGAGAUGCAGGCCCUCUUGGAGGAGACUUUCCUAUUGUCACCAGUGAUGGUCACAACAUUCUUGAUGUUAUCUUCACAACUCCUAUUCCAAGCCUCGCUAACGUGGCUAAAAGCCUGGACAAUAUUGAUGGGGUGGUGGACCAUGGACUUGUUAUGAAAAACAGAUGCACGGUGGUGAUCGCGGGAGAGACAGAAGUAAGAACUGUUACCUUGCAGACUAGUGCAGUGGAAGGUGGUGUAUGAAACCAUUGGGAGACUUUGUAGAAGUUGUUGAUUCCAUAGGACAAUGAGAGGGUGGACUAAACCAGCUAUUAAGAUGCCAUUCAAAACCACUGAGGAAACUGUUCUACACAUUGUACACUCUGUUAAUAGAGCAAUAAUACAAUUUUUAUAACUGUACUAUUAUAAUAUCAGUAGCUUCAUUUUA